GAGACGAGGUGGGGGUGGGUGGGGGAGGUUGCCCCGUGCCCGCCUCCCUUCCCUCCACGAGGCUUCUGAUUGGCUCCUAUCUAGGCCAGGACUGCCGGGGCUGCGGAUUGGCUCGGGAGCCUGCCCGUCCCCUCGCUGGGCUCUUUCUGCCCCCCCCACCCCACCCCUCCCACCCGGGAGGGAUUUAAAGGGCCUAGGCGCUCUCUAUGGCUACGGGAUGCGAGCGCCUUGAGCUCUGCGAGCCCCGAGCGCCCCGAACCCCCGCGCCCCGGCCAGGCAGCGGGUCUGGAAGAAGCCAGGCCAGGGCCCUCUAACCCCUGCUCCAACAGGCGGCUGCCACCAUGUAGAAGCUAGCGACUGCAUGUCGCUGUGGAUGACCGGACUCCUGGGUCCCCCGCAGCCUGCAGCUCCGGCCCGCGGGGGCCACCGAUGAGGACGCACCAUGCUGACCGGUGUGGCCGACGGCAUCAUGUGCUGCCUCCUGGGCUCGGCGGCCAACGCCGUGGGCCCUCUGGAGAGCGUCGAGUCCAGCGACGGCUACACCUUUGUGGAGGUGAAGCCGGGGAGAAUCCUCCGCGUGAAGCACGUGUGCCCGCCGCCCGUGGGAGACCAGCCCCCAGCCCCGCCGCCGCCGGAGGGGGAGCGGGGCGGCCUGGUGCACUGCAAGCGGCGCAUCACCGUCUACCGCAACGGGCAGCUGGUGGUGGAGAACCUCGGGGACGUGCUGCGCUCGGACCUGCUGCAGGGCUACAGCGGCGUGGGGGAGCCCGCCUCCACGCUGGAGCUGGAGAUGCCCGAGCCCUCCUCCUCCCUGGGGAACGUGUCCUCGGCGGGGGACGCGGCGCGCCCGGCUCGGGCCCGCAGGCGGCCGGCGGGGCGCAAGCCCAUCAACAUCGACUGUGAGAAGCGCGUCACCAGCUGCAAGGGCGCCCAGGCCGACGUGGUCCUCUUCUUCAUCCACGGCGUGGGCGGCUCCCUGGCCAUCUGGAAGGAGCAGCUGGACUUCUUCGUGGGCCUGGGCUACGAGGUGGUGGCUCCGGACCUGGGAAGGCCCAGCUCGGCGCCAAAGGGCCGCCCGCCCUACACCUUCUCGCCCGGCCGGAACAUGCGGGCCAUCUUCAAGCGCUACGCCAAGCGGCGGAACGUGCUCAUCGGGCAUUCUUACGGGGUUUCCUUUUGCACGUUUCUGGCCCACGAAUACCCGGAACUGGUUCAUAAGGUGAUCAUGAUCAAUGGUGGGGGCCCCACGGCCCUGGAGCCAAGCCUGUGCUCCAUCUUCAACAUGCCCACCUGCGUUCUCCGAUGCCUCUCCCCUUGCCUGGCCUGGAGCUUCCUCAAGGCCGGCUUUGCCCGCCAGGGGGCCAAGGAGAAACAGCUGCUGAAGGAGGGCAAUGCCUUCAAUGUCUCAUCCUUUGUGCUCCGGGCCAUGAUGAGUGGGCAGUACUGGCCAGAAGGGGAUGAGGUCUACCACGCUGAGCUCACCGUCCCCGUCCUGCUGGUGCACGGCAUGCACGACAAAUUUGUGCCUGUGGAAGAGGACCAGCGUAUGGCAGAGAUCCUCCUCUUAGCUUUCCUGAAGCUCAUCGAUGAGGGCAGCCACAUGGUGAUGCUAGAAUGUCCAGAGACAGUCAACACGCUACUUCAUGAAUUCCUUCUGUGGGAGCCAGAGGUCCUGGGGCCUCCUGUACAUCCUGAUGCCAGUGCCACUGAGAAGAAAUAAAGUGGAUGGACGGACGGACAGACAGACCGAUGGGGCGCUUUUCAAGAGGCGGGGAGCUGCAGGAGAAGGCGCCUUCCCUCAGGCCUCAGGGAGGGCCAUGGUUGCCCUCCCUCCGGCUAAUGGAGGGGGAGAGGAAAGCCACGAUGGAGGGGGCCCCUCCCCAUCCAGGGAUCAAGGCGCCCAUAGGGGGCUGCCCAGUGGCAUUUGGAGUUGUCCAGCAGGGCCAGACUGGCCACUGAGGAGGGGGCUGAAGCCUCCCCCCAACCCCAUCCCCUUUCUUGCUUGUCUCCUUUGCGUACCUGUAGGCGCUAAUUGGGGAGAGGGGUCCCUGAGGCAGACUGCCCGGGAAAAUUAGGGAUAAACCCCUGCCCUCCUGGGAGAGAGACUGGCCAGGCCUGGCUUUCUGGAAGGGUUUGACACCCACCCAGCCUGGCCAAAACAGCAGUGGGGAAGACCCUUCCCCUGCUCAGCUGUGGCCUCUGGCUACCCCCCAGCAAGACUAGUUGCACCAUCCCCCAUAUUUCUAGGGAGCUGGAAAUCACCCUCUCUAUAUUUAAGGACCUUGUACAGAAACUCGCCUCCUUCCAUGUUGCAACCUCCCCCACCCCCAUUCCAGUGCUCAGUAUUAAGGUCUCCUUUGUCUCCCCACUGGGCAUCUGUCUUGUGUGUCUCUUGGCUGAGGACUGAUUUCUAGAAGUUGAGAGUUCUCCCCAUCAUCGGUACGACUGCUCCUGGGGAAGGAUUCUCCUUCCCUCCCUCCCCUUCUCUUCCUCCCCCCCACUUGACCAGGGACACCUACUCCCCCUGAUGGGGCUCCUCCCAGCUGGAAAACCUUUUUCAGCCUGAGACGGGAGAUGAUUGCCCGUGGGGGCAGGGAUGGAAGCGGGUGGGCCGGUGGGGAAGCAGAUGUGGAUUGUGCAGACCACAAGCUGUAGCCCAAUAAAUGUGACAAUCAGCGUCAUCCA